AUGAGCUGCAGACACAAUGGAUGGAAGGGUGGCCGGAAUUGUGUGCAAGUGGAAGGACGCGUCUCAUGGCUUUGCCGUCGUUGUGCCAAAAGCCACUGUUGUGGCCAAAAGCUUGAUCCGGAGGAGGAAAUGGUUGAUCAGCUUCAACUGCGUUUGGUUUCCAAAGUUAAAGCGCUGCAAAGACAAGAGGCCUUCAGCAAGUCUUGGGACAGCUUUAGCAAGGCCAGCAACCUGUUGAAGGAUCCGGGCCGCUGUCCUCCAAGAUUCCUGCUCUCAUGGCUGGAAAGUGUGGAAGAAGUGCCAGAUGACUUGCAGGUGCUUUUGCAGAAGGCAAAGGCACAGUUGGAAGAGACGACCAAGCAACUGGAACAGAACACGAAGCAACGCCUCGUGGUCCAAGGUGAAGAUCGCACGCUCAUGAAACGAAAGCACCACGGACUGCCAAAGAAGCAGAGCCACAAAGGUGCUCUCCCGCCAAUGCUGAGCAUCUCGAAGCUUUAUACAGCAGCCAGGACUGGCAGCCUGACCCACGGAUACCACUUCUCAUGA